AUGGAGGUAAAUAAUGGCAUGAGAAGUAAAAUCAGUGUGGAUGCAAACAGAGCCAAGAUGCCAUUUGAUCUGUUUCAUAGCGGGGGAUCAGACUCAUGCUACUCCACAUACAAGUUUCAGAACGAUUAUAGUGACGAUAAUGGAAGAGACUCUGAGACUUUUACCCAAGAUAUCUCUUUCUAUGAGCAACUGCCUCCACCCUACCCUUCGUGGUCAAUGAAGGACGAAUCUUAUCAACUGAGGGAUUGUGCUCAAGGCACCCCAAAAAACAGGAAUCUUAAAGACGGCGUGGACUGUGGAAGUGAGGCUGAUCUCUAUGGAUUAGUGUCAACCAUCUUGGAAGAAGCCGACCCGACGGACUCGUACUUCUCUCAAGAUAGAAUAUCAGCUGAUAUUUCGACUGGGUGGUCCCCAAAGUCCCAGAAGGAGAACAACUUGCACUAUCUUAAUUCUGAGGUAAAGGUACACUCCAGUUCUGGUGUGCAGCACAAUCCCGAGCAUGGCAUCAAACUCCAUUCUCGUCCAAUGGAAAGGGACCUGGAUCAAAGCGAUGACAUGUUACUGGAUUUCAGUGGCUUUGAAGCUGCUGACCCAUCCUGGCUUUUUUCCACCUGUAAUGGAGAAUCUGAAUAUGAAUCCUACACCCCAGCUUUCCCAAAUUUACCCAGACCACCUCCUGGUCUUGAUAUAUCACAUGUUGUGAGGUCCCACUUCUCCAAGAGCAGACCAAGUAAAUCAGAGCAUAACGUGUCUGUGAAAGAUAGGAGCUUUCGCAUCAACAAUGAUGAGAUCUCAGAGAGUAUGGAUGCUUUUAAUGACCAUUACUGCCUUCCAACCAAAAUGAAUGACUCCUAUUUCAGCCCAUUCCAAAAUGUCUCUAACUUGAGUGAACGUAAACUCGAAAAGAACAAUUCACAACAAUUCUCUAUGCAGGAUGGCAGCAAGCUGGCCAACAACAUGGAAGCUCUUCUUAUGGUGGACCAGCAGGGCAUGAAUAAUAGAGAUUUUGCUAAGAUCAAUGCCAUGAAAGUUCAGGAUGAAAACAUUAGUGAUUUGAAGCAUGUACCUCUCCAAAGGAUUUCAGCAUUUGAAGCUCAUAUUGCAAGCCUUAAAAAACAAUUAACAAGGGAGCAAACUUCUAAAGAGUUUUCUGAUUUUGACCAGCAGUCAGCAGACUAUUUUGAAGCUCCUAAACCCUCUUUAUCCUCUUUUAACUUUGCAACUAACCAAAGCAAUGUAGCCAACCAGAGAGAUGCAAGGAAUCUCGAAGCCAGCCUUCAUCAGUACCAUCACGAGCUGUCAAACCAGUACCACUGUUACACCAAGCCUCCCUCCAAAACAAGCAUCCACAACGAUUCUCACGGUAUGUCUAAAUUCAUGUCUCAGUUCGUGUCUGAGUUUGUUCCUGCUCUGUCCCAGCAACAAAUGCAGAGGACUGUGCCUAGAGUAUUCAGUGAUUUUGGGCAGAGCGAUGGGAGGAUGGGUCGCAUGGACGUGGGAUUGGGUCUGAAGGACAUGGGGAAGAUAGGAGGCACUGUAGAUAAAGGAGAGUUUGACCUACAGUCAGAGCAUUUUGGCAGAUUGCAGACACCUUCAGCCACAGGCUUUAUAGCUGGUGCUCACCCCUCUUCUCGUUUUGGGGUUAAACCAAAAUCACCAGCUGGCUUUCCCAAAGAGGCAGACACGAAAAAAGGUCUGUUGCAAAACCCGUAUCAGAUCCAGGGCGGUAUGUAUGCAGGGCAGGCCAGACACAAUGGAGCCAAACAUGCAACAUCCCAGAUGUUUCCUUGCUUGUACCAGAUGGGAGUUUCUGGACAGAACCCCUGUCACAUGUUCCCUUCCCGAUCCCCGCUGACCUACAGUGGCUCUGUGCCUGUAUUGGAUCUGACUGAAUACCGGCCAGAUGCAGAAUUCCCACCCCUAAACCCCUACCUUCAGGAGAUGGUGGGGCCAAACCUAGCUGGAAUAGAUGGCCCCUUUUCUCGGUUAAUCUCCAACCUGAGGUCAUCCAACCAAAGCAUGAGCCAGCUACAAUAUUAUCUGGACGAUUGCUAUGAACAGUGGAAAGUUUUGGAGAAAGAGAGAAAGAAAGCAGAAGCUCUCCUGCUAAAGAGCUUCCCAGGCAAGUGUAUGUCUGUGACGAACACUAACUCUGUCCCUAAGUUGCCUCCUAACCCCACCAGAGUGGACAAGCUUAUAGUGGACCAGUUUCGGGAGCAAGCAAAGGUGGUGAGCUUGUUGGGGAAGGUGGAGCGCUUACGGAGUUUUCCUCUCCAUGCUAAUAUCAGUUCAACACUGGACAGGCACCUAGAGGCUAUCUAUAUCACCCAGGCUCGCCGCAAGGAGGAGCUCCUCAACAGCAGUAGACAGAGACAGGGUGUGGCCAACCUCCGAGAGGACAGAGAUAUUCUACUUCUCGCCUUUGCCCUGAAGGACCUGAGCAAGAGCACCAGGUCAUCUUGCACCGCUCUGUGGUGCGCUCUGCAGAUGACUGUUUCCAAAAUAAGCAUCAGCGCCAAGGACGGAGAAGAGGGGAACACGUCUUCGGUUUUACAGCACGACGGUUGUGACCAGAUCGACCUUGAAAAUGCGCUGUGACUUUUAUGCGAGGCAGUUGUUCCUCUUUUUGUGUGUGAGUACUAUUCUAAAUGGAACGCUCAGUGAGGUGCUCAGUGGAAUGGGUGAAUAUUGUUACGUAAGUUAUUAGACUGCAGCGAACUCUGUAGUACAGUAGGCUCCGUUCAGAGCAAUAGAUGGAAUCCUCAGUUCAGUAUCAUUUAUUACUAAAUAAUCCCAAAUGAUAUAUAUGGUCAUACAAAUAGGGUCAAUUUUCCUAAGGGAUAAUGGUCGAAAGAGAUCAUUGCCCAGUCAUUUGGUUG